AUGUCAUCUUUUUUUUUAGCACUAUGCUGCUGCUGCAGCGGAAAGAGAAAUGCUUACAUCUUUUUUAAUGGUCAAAAACUCUGGGUGGAAAAGCUUUUGGGAGAGGAAGGACAUUCGUUUUUAUAUCUCGUGAGAUCAAGCGAGGGACAGUCCUUCGUACUGAAAAAGACCAAGUGUCCUUUCGGCAAUCUGACCGCCGUGGCUCAGGCUAUGCGAGAAAUCAAUUGCUACAAGCGAUUCCAGAGCCCCCAUAUCGCACAGCUCCUCGAUUCUCAGGUGAUACAGGAGUCUGACGGCUCCAAGACGGUUCUACUACUCUUGCCAUAUUUUCCGCGUGGCUCGCUGCAAGACGCCGUUGAUGGAAACUUGCUUGAGGGUACCACGAUGGCGCAAUCGGACAUUUUACGAAUCGGAAUGGGGAUCGCGAGGGGGCUACUGUGUAUACACGGCGAGGGCGAACAGCAGUCUCAAGACGAGUACAGCAUGGCACCUACUGUGUACGGAGAAGAGCAUUCGCUUCUUAAUGAUCACGAGCUGGACACGUUCGACAGCAUAUCGCAGCGAUAUGCUCAUCGCGACUUGAAACCAUCGCGAAUUAUGAUUUCAUCGGAGGGCAAUCCCAUCAUCAGUGACCUUGGCGCUUGUUCACCGGCUCACAUCGAGUUUACCUCCAAACAAAGUGUCAUGCAGUUUCAGGACUGGCGCGCUGACAAUUGCACUUUGGGGUUUACCGCCCCAGAGAUCUUGGAUGUCAAACAAAAGUCAGUCAUCACAGAGAAAACCGAUACCUGGUCCUUUGGCUGUCUGCUUUACAUGCUAUGUUUUGGAAUUUCUCCCUUCGAGAGGGAAGAACAGGUGAGUGGGGCCUCGGUAACGUACGCAAUAGCCACGGGCAAAUACUCAUUCCCGGUGGCCACCAAUUGUGACUCGAAAUUAUUGGCAUUGGUACAAAGCUGUCUGACCGUUGAUCCCGCAUCUAGACCAAGCAUGGAUAGCGUGCUAUCGCAGCUCUCCGAGCUUCAAGGCCACUCUGCGUCUUCGUAG